ACGAGAACAUAUAUAACACUAGGAAAUGCCCAUUAACAAACAACCUGCCUAAGUAGGUACUGUCAGGGCCAGCAAGAUGACUCUGAUGGUAAAGGUACUUGCUGCUAAUGUCUGUCAGCCUGGGUUCAAUUCCUGGAUGCAGUGGAAGGAGAGAAACAACUCCUCCAAGUUAUCUUCUGACCCACACACGUGGCUAUUGCACUCACAUACACAAUUAGGAACUUAAAGGAAAUUUUAAAAAAUCUCAACUGAAAACUGUCUCAGCACUCUCCAUCAGCCACUCCCCCCAUCAGCCAUUCCUCAUCAGUCACUCAACCCUAUCAAUCACUUCCCCCAUCAAUAAGUCCUCAUCAGUCACUCCUCCCACCCACCCAAAGUCACUCCACCCCUCAGUUGCUCUCUUAUGCUGUGAUAAAAUACGAUGAAAAAGCAUCUUAGGGAAGACAAGAGUGCGUUCUAGGACUCAAUGUACUAACAGGCACUCUUGAACUAUCAGCCACUAAUCUGAUCAUGUCCACUUAGUUCUAAGCCCAUUCUCUGAGCAGCAGUGGUAGGUGGAGGGUGAGGUUCACAGAAAUUUUCUACAUGUUCUCACAAGGGUCCUGUGAUCAGUGUGUGUUCCCAUCUUUCUCCCAUACUCUAUUCCCCAAUUAUCUUGCAAUGCUACACAAUUCAUCCUCCAGUGUCAUCUCUAUAACCUAGGAGGAACAGGCAGCACGCACAUGCAUGCAGAAGCAAGCUAAAACUCAUUCUACAUGCAUGCCCUGGAAGCAAGGUUUAACUUCACACGACCUUUCACAAGCCUCUUCACAGUGGCUCCCUCGUUCCUCAUCUAUUGGUUCACACCCACCACUUGUGCACCAAAGCAAAUACCGCCUACCUCAGCAAGAGGUCAUAAAGCCCAGAGCAGUCAGUCAGGGAGGGAAAAGCUUAUAGCGCCCAUCUGGAGAGGAGCGUGUUGACGUCAACCUUGAGGAACAUGGAGAAGUGUGGAACAUGCGCAGAAGGACACGUUGACGUCACCCUUUCCUCAGGCCUCUCUUGAUGCCUCAUCAGUAGUAGACAUGACCAAACAAUAGGCCUUGAGUGUCGUCAUUCCUGGGGUCCCACUUCUCUCUGUGGUUUCGGCCCACUACUAGUCAUGGCCCGCAAGGUCCAUUGGCAAUAUAUAUACGUUGUGAGGAAUGAGAAUGGUGAGGAGAUAGCUGAGGUCUCCACCUUAGAGGCUGCCUUGGCGAUGGUGGGUGGCAACCCUAGUGGAGGUGACGCAGGCUGCGUAAUGGAACUAAAUAACGGGGUCCGCCAGGUCCGUGAGAGCCAAAACGACUCUGAGGAGGGCAGUAGGGACCCGAACUCCUCUUCCUCGGAGCCUCACCAAGAGGAGCCAAGGCCCUCAGCCGAGCCUGUGAUUCGGAUUCCCAGGCGCCGUUCAUCACGAAGGCGACGGCGAACCACAUUGAAGUUCACACUGGGGCAGGUCGAGGAAAUGGAAAAAUUGUUCAAAGAAACCCAGUACCCAGAUGCGCUUGCCAGGAAAGAACUUGCACAAGCUUUGACUAUUCCUGAAGUCAAAGUGAAGACAUGGUUCGUCCAUCGGAGAGCAGAAGAGAGGAAGAGUCAGAGGCGUGUCGUAGUACAGAGCACACCUCCUCGUAUUGAAAAGGUCCUUCUCAUUAUCGAUAGGGAUGACUAUCCCUAGAGUGCAAUCUUAGUUCAGGAGCUAGAGGGAAAUCUGGUGACACCUGUACUCAAUGUCCAGCUUCACUAAAAUUCAGCACUCAUGUUAACAAUACAAUCAUGAAUUUCCAAGUUA